AGAGUCUGCUUUGUUGUCACUCAAGCGCGGUCAGGCGUGUUAAAAUGGCACGCUGGUCAUCAGAAUGACUCUUUCGACUCUUUGAGAUACCUGCACUAUGGACUCCAGCCUGGCGGACCUGCUAAACCCCCAGGGCGUUGCUACACAUCUAUCGGAGCGAGGGCUCAUCGCCGUCACUUGGACCGGCGCCGGUCUGGCAGCAGUCUUUACAGGCCUUCGUCUGGGGAUUCGUCUGACGCGACUGAAGCACCUGCUAGCAGACGAUUAUUGCAUUCUUCUGGCGCUGUUCUUCCUGGUAACCAACGCGGUGCUCCAGACCCUCCAGGCGCCGCAUCUCUAUCACAUCGCCUUGACGCCGUUGACCGGCGAUAUCGUACACCAUGUGAAUAUGUAUACCCGCUACGAGUUUGUCGUCAUUGGACUUUUCUGGUCGGUGCUCUGGGGCGUCAAAGCAGCAUUCCUGGCGCUGUUCUGGACGAUGACCGACAACCUGCCUCACUAUCGCCGCUGGUGGUGGGCCAUUGUGGCCUUCUGCUUUGGCUCUUAUGCUGGCUGCUGGCUGACCUCUGCCUUUACGUGCCAUCCACCGUCUGAUUACUUCAAAUUUGCCAAAUGUGCGAAACCGAUUGACCAGCAGGGGUCUGUCAUUGCCAUCUGCUACAGCACCGCCGUGGACAUCCUGACCGACCUGAUGAUCAUGGCCUUUGCACUGCGAAUGGUGUGGUCGACAACAAUCACCCCGAACCAGAAAGUUGGACUUGGGAUUGUCUUUUCCCUCGGGGCCUUCAUCAUUGCCUUUGCAAUCGUGCGCGCCAUCAACAUCACCGGCCGUGCCUACUCUGACCAGGCGGGACUUGCUGUCUGGAGCAUCGCCGAGUCCUCUAUCUCGGUGAUAGUCGGCUGUCUGCCCCCGUUCAAGACGUUCCUCUCGCGCAGCAACUCAACGUACGAGUCUCGAUAUCCUCCUGUCUACGGAGGAAGUGGUCUCUCUCGUCGGAAACGCUCAGUAACGCAGACGACAUCCUGGAGCGAGACACAGCUCGAGCAGGAGUACGAGCUGUCUUCACGCCAGGUUCUCGUUUCAGCAGGCAGGGAAGAGAGCCCAUCCAGACAGGGCGAGAUACUGGUUACCCAGGACUUUACGAUAUUGCGAGAGCAGCGACCAGGCAGGGAUUAAUCAAUAUUUAUGUAAGGAUUUAAUGAGAGACGCCGUGUGAAUACUAUAGAUAGCAUUCUAAUAGCAGCGACAUGGAUCGACAAGCAUGCAAGGGACUACUGGAUUGCAGUCCAAGCGCGCCUGAACGCCUCGUCGUGUCGAGUGCUGCGAUUUCGAACCUGAUAUCCAACGCGGAGCCCUAAAGAGCACACCAGGAAGCGUAGAACUGAGUAUCAACACCUGCGGAUUAACAGAGCUCACAAUUCCAAACACCCAUAGCAGACUGCAAUAGUAAUCGCUCCAGUAUCACUAACAACAUGCUGACCGGACAGGCCUCCGCCCAAAUCCAAACGACGCAAGGGGCGUCCAGGACUA